AUGGCCGCGCUGCUGUGGCCGCUGGCCCUGCUCGCCUCCUUCUCCGUCUCGGGAGAGGCGUCGCCGCUGUCCUCGCCGUCGGGGGAGCGGCGCUUCCCGGCGUGGCGCGUGUCUCGGUGGGCCUCGGCGGCGCUGCGGCACGUGGCCUCGGGCCCUUGCCCGGAGCGCGGCGGGCUGCUUCCUCGGGCGCAGUGUCAGCGCCUGGCGCGCCUCUCCUCCGCUUCCUCCUCCUCCGCGCAGGGCCCUGCGCCCGCCGUCUACGUCUCGUCUCCCGCGCGGCCCGGGACCAAGCUGCGCGCCCUGCUCCCCGACGGCUGGGGGGACCGCGCCGCCGCCUCCGCCGCCCAGGCGCCCGCCCUCGGCCACAACGCCAGCGGAGGAGCCCUCUCUCGCCCGGCGGCCGCGGCGGGGCAAGACGCCAUCCUGGUGCUGGACCCCAGCCCCGGCGCCAGCUUCGGACACCCAAUCCUCCUCUUCUACCUGGACUUCAACGUCAGUCCGCGCCGCUGCCGGAGCCGGGACAGGCUCUACCUGGGCAGCUAUGAGUGUUUGACCCCUGCCCAGAGGAACCAUUGUGAGAACCAGCUGAAGCGCAGGCCAGGACGUGGCAAGGGAUGGAGCCAGCGGGCAUCAGGACGUGUCCGCCGGGAAGAAGCCCCAGUUGGGCUCUGUGAAAUCCAUUUUUUGCCCACGGUGGUGGCAACCCAGGACCCCAAACACCUGCAAAACCUGCACUGCAUGGAUCUCCAUGGAUUUGGCCUGUGUCCUCAGACUCUGUCUCUGGUUAGCUCCAGUUCCACAGCUGCUUACUGUGAACUCAACAAGAAUACACGGCGGUGCCACCGUCAGCAGCUCCCCAUGUACAAAUCAUGCCGCAUGUAUCAGACGUGUGACCAUGCAGUGCUGAUUGCAGGUGGCUGGCAGGAGCAAGUGACCUACCCCCACCAUGCCCAGAACCUCCUGCUCUUCUACCAGAUGCUUCGGCGAAAUGGCUUCCGUCAAGAGCACAUCAAGGCCUUCUUUGCAAAUGAGGGACAGGCCUCAGUUGCUGUGGAGAUGGGUGAAGUGCAUCCCGCCACAGAGAAGCUGGCCAUCCGCUCCCACCUCGCCUUGCUCUGCAGGAGCCUCCACUGUGCCGACUCACUGGUGCUCUACCUCAACAGCCCAGCAGCAAGUGAUGGCACAAUGCUUUUGUGGGAUUCCAACCGUAAUGGCAUUGCUGAUCCGAAGGAGAGGUACCCCAUCACAGAGCUCUUAGCUGACCUGGAAAACUGCAAUGCCCGUAGGGUCCUCCUCUUCCUUGACCAGAGCUAUCCAGGUCCAUUGGCAAAGAAGCUACGGGCAUCACGACGCCAUCCCAAUGUGGUGCUAGUCCGUAGCACCGGAGCUACCACUGGUGGUUCGGCUUUUGCUGAAUUCUGGGCAGGGCUGCAGCCUGACCAGUGUCUGCUCCAGCAUAUCUUGCCAGUGGGCCCCUGGUCUGCAGUCUUGGCCUCUGGUGUCCCAGCCCAGCUGCUCAAUGUCACAUUAGCAGGAGCACCCUGCCAUUCUGUGCCACCCCUGGGUGAGGAGGAACGCCAGCGCCGCUACCAAGGAUGUCAAAACCUUCCUACAAUGCUGUGGUAUCAGAGUAGGCACCAGCAGCUGCCACAGGAGGAUGAAUGAGCAGCCUGCUGGGCUAUGGAUCUGGGUUUGUCCUCAAGAUCACAGCCAGAUAUGCUGUAGCUUUUCCCCUUGCCCACGAAGAUGUUUACCUUUUGGGACUGAGUGGAAUUACUUGAGAAGGCUGUCCAAGGAGCUGGCAUGGAAUGGCAGAGGAACAUGGCUAGGAUAGGUUGAGGCAUUCCUAGUAAGCUGCAGUGCUGGACUCUCAAAGAACAUUUUAAGUAGCUACGGCCAAAAUGAGAAACCAAGGUUAGCAAACCUUGAUUUUACAUUAUUAUCAAGGAUAUAUACAGGGUUGAGCAUCCCUUAUCUGAAAUGCUUGAGAUCAAAAAAGUUCUGUAUUUCAAGUUUUGGAAUAUUUUCAUAUGCAUAAUGAGCUAGCUUAGAGAUAAGAUACAAAUAUCAAAACAAAAUUAAUUUAUGUUUUAUAUAUACCUUAUAUGCAUAGUCUGAAGUUAAUUUUAUACCCAAUAUUUUUAAUACCUUUGUGUAUGAAACAUGUGCAUUGAACCACUAGAAAGCAAGGGUGUCAAUGAUCUCAGCCACCUAUGUGGAAAGUUUGGAUUUUGGAGUAUUCCAGAUAAGGAUACUCAACCUAUACACACAAACACAUGGAUAUACGAGAAAUAUUCACAGAUCACGGGUCCAGCACCAGUCAUUAAUGGGAAUAUGGCCAUCAGUGGUGUAGUGGUAAAUGCUAACAUGCAGGAGCUCAUGAAGACAACAGGAGAACCAAGAAAUGUUGGAAGUUGUAUUAAGCCAUAUCAGCAAACCAGUUUCAGUAGUCAUCAUUUCCACCAGGGAACUUCAUUCUAGAUUUUAAUUGACUAUUCAUGGCAAAGCCAUUCUAAAUUUAUUUUCUUGACCAUAGGAAUAUGUCAACAAAUACAGUUUUGGUAAAAAAUCUUUCCACCCUACCUACACCCAACUCUUAAGGAUUUAAUUAAGCUCAGUGGAACAGGGGAAGCCUUGAGGAUUGAUGACAGAUGUCAUUCCUACAAGUCAAAAGGUGAUGGUGCUUUGCCCCAUGUAUCCUGGCUCCACUACACCACUGGUGGCCAUCAACAGAGCAGUGAGAGCAAUAGAUGCUAGGACAAUAGAAUAGAUCAUCAUGGAAGUGUGGCAAGUCCAAAUGGGUACUAUACUACCAUUUACCUUCUAGGUGGCAAUUUGCCCCAUUUCCGCUAGGGAGUAAGGCAGGGGGCUAUGCAUCUCUCUCACAUGUACCCAACUCCAUCUCAGUGGAUGUAAAUCUCAAAAGUUCCUCUGCUGAGACAAGUUAGUGGGAACAAGCUGUAAAACAACCGUUUGAAUAAAGGACCACUGUGUUCAUGGCUUA